UCUCCUGCCCUUCCUGCCCCAGGCUGACCUUGGCUGGCUGAACUUGGCGGCUGACCUUGGCCGGCAGGCCGUGCCCGCCCUGCCUCGCCAUGGACCAGGACUACGAGCGGCGCCUCCUCCGGCAGAUUGUCAUCCAAAAUGAGAACACAUUGCCGAGUGUUGCAGAGAUGCGGCGGACCCUGACACCUGCCAACUCCCCCGUGUCCUCCCCCAGCAAGCACGGGGACCGCUUCAUCCCCUCAAGAGCCGGUGCCAACUGGAGCGUGAAUUUCCACAGGAUCAACGAAAACGAGAAGUCUCCCAGCCAGAACCGGAAAGCCAAGGACGCCACCUCAGAUAAUGGCAAAGACGGCCUGGCUUACUCGGCCCUGCUCAAGAACGAGCUGCUGGGGGCCGGCAUCGAGAAGGUGCAGGACCCUCAGACAGAGGACCGCAGGCUGCAGCCGUCCACCCCGGAGAAGAAGGGCCUCUUCACGUAUUCCCUCAGCACCAAGCGCUCGAGCCCGGACGACGGCAACGACGUGUCUCCCUACUCCUUGUCCCCUGUCAGCAACAAAAGUCAGAAGUUGCUGCGGUCGCCACGGAAACCCACCCGCAAGAUCUCCAAGAUCCCCUUCAAGGUCCUCGACGCGCCCGAGCUGCAGGACGACUUCUACCUGAACCUGGUGGACUGGUCAUCGCUCAACGUGCUCAGCGUGGGGCUGGGCACCUGCGUAUACCUGUGGAGCGCCUGCACCAGCCAGGUGACCCGACUCUGCGACCUCUCGGUGGAAGGGGACUCAGUGACCUCCGUGGGCUGGUCUGAGCGGGGGAACUUGGUGGCCGUCGGCACACACAAGGGCUUCGUGCAGAUCUGGGACGCGGCUGCGGGGAAGAAGCUGUCUAUGCUGGAAGGCCACACGGCGCGCGUUGGGGCACUGGCCUGGAACGCGGAGCAGCUGUCAUCCGGGAGCCGGGACCGCAUGAUCCUGCAGAGGGACAGCCGCACCCCACCCCUGCAGUCUGAGCGGCGGCUGCAGGGCCACCGGCAGGAAGUGUGUGGGCUCAAGUGGUCCACGGACCACCAGCUCCUCGCCUCCGGGGGCAAUGACAACAAGCUGCUGGUCUGGAACCACUCGAGCCUGAGCCCCGUGCAGCAGUACACGGAGCACCUGGCGGCUGUGAAGGCCAUCGCCUGGUCCCCGCACCAGCACGGGCUGCUGGCGUCUGGCGGCGGCACAGCCGACCGCUGCAUCCGCUUCUGGAACACGCUCACAGGGCAGCCGCUGCAGUGCAUUGACACGGGCUCCCAGGUGUGCAACCUGGCCUGGUCCAAGCAUGCCAACGAGCUGGUGAGCACACACGGCUACUCGCAGAACCAGAUCCUGGUCUGGAAGUACCCGUCACUGACCCAGGUGGCCAAGCUGACCGGGCACUCGUACCGGGUCCUGUACCUGGCCAUGUCCCCUGAUGGAGAGGCUAUCGUCACCGGUGCUGGAGACGAAACCCUGAGGUUCUGGAAUGUCUUUAGCAAAACCCGUUCAACAAAGGAGUCCGUGUCCGUCCUCAACCUCUUCACCAGGAUCCGGUAAACCUCAGGCCAUGCCGCCCGGGCAGAGGCCACCGUCCUCAGCGCACGGACCCUCCCUCCCCGCACACGUCCCCAGAGGAGAAGCCGGGGUGGGCGGGGAGCCGGGCCUGGAGGGGCCCUGAGGAUUCUCAUUAAAACCUGAUUGCGAACCCUGUCCGGUGUUUGGGGCGGGGACGUGGUCGGGCCAGCGGCUCGGGGCUCCAGCUCCCUCCGCACCGCGCCACGGCUCGGACGGUCAGCGCUCCGAGCGGGAUGGACGCCUCCCUGGACCCCUGCCCGCUUCCCUUUGUGCUUGUCACCGCCCCGUGGGGCUGCAUGCUCUUCCGGAAGCACGCUCACCGCUGCUGCCACCGCCCGUCACAGGACAAACAGCCGGACGCCAGGCCAGUCGGCCGGGGGAGGUCCCAGCAGGAGGACGGUUCAGGUCAGCCCACGGAUCGAAGGGACACUCCUGCCUGACAGGUCUCUUUUCAGCUGCCUCUGCUGUCCCUGAACCGGCGGCCAUCUGGUGACGUUACUGGUGGCUAGGUGUCAGGAGCAGGCCCAGGCAGGCUGUACGCCAGAGGUCAUCUCGAGAUGGACUGUGCAAGGAAGACUGAAGUUGGGUCUGCUCGCUGUCACGUACUUGCCCUGAGCCCACACCAUCCUUGUCACCGACAGUGUCACAGCCAAGCCCCGGCCCCGGGCAGGACUACGGUUUUGCAGCUUGCCGGGCGCGUAGGCCUAAGAACAGCGCCUCACCCUCCUCAGCCCCUUCCGCACCGGGCCAUUUUUUUGUCCUGUCCAUCUGCACCGAUGGCCACGGGAAGCCAGGAGGGAGAGCGAGGGGAGAGCGCCCAGUGGUCGCCCUGGCGGCUUCUCGGGCUGACUCCGACCCGGCCCCACCCUGUCCUCUGCCCUGGCCCUGAGCUGCAUCUGGGCAUCACCCCCUCCGGCCUCAUCUCAGGACUUGGAGAAAUCGGAGGAGGGCAGGUGGUCCCGGGUGCAGAUUGGGCAGAGCAGGCCUGGCCAGGGCGGGGGUCACCCCGGCUCUGCUCGGAGGCCCCACUCCAGUGUCCUCCCCGCAGUCGGCCACAUGUAUGCAUGUGUAUAUAUGUAUUUGUGACUUUUCUUUGAGUUUGUUUUGUGUUUUUGUAGAGGGGUCCUAGAAAUGUUUCAGGCCAGCUGGGGAAGGGCACGGCCUGCCCACCGCGCCUAGGGGAGACGCGACACAGUUUCUGAAGCCCUCACGUAGGAGGGGCAGUCAGCCGGAACCUGCUAGGAUGUAGGUCCUGCCCCACGGCCCAUCCCAGCAUCUGCCUGCCGCAGGGGACAGCCAAGGACAGUGUACAUAGACGUCUGUCCUUAGAUCGCUUGAGAUUGUUGUUGUUUUUUUUUUAAUAAGAAAUGGUCCGUCUCUACCGUACCUUUAUCCUGUACCGCUGCCAAAGAGCCCGGGAGCUGGCUCUGCCCAGAUGGGACCCGAGCUUAGGGGUUGGGACAACGGGCGCGAGAUGCACGCCCCUCACCUGCGCGUCUGGCAGGGAGGGCGCCCGGUGCAGAGCGAGCCUCGUUCUCGCGUCACGCGGUGCUGUCGUUAAAGCAGUUGUGCGCCGUGCACGGCUGGGGCUGGCCGGCCAUCUGCGUCUUUGGUCCCCGGCUGGGGUGGCUGACAGCUGGAGUCACACUCGAGGCCUCGAGCCAGCUGAACGUCACAAACCAGAGGUGGGCAGCCGUCUUUGAGGGACCCCAGUGUCCCUGGAUUCGUGGUCUGGCAGGGUGAGGAGGAUGUGCAUCGCGCCAGUCUGGGGCACAGCUGGGAGGUGGAGGCCUCUGUGUGCAGUGGGGGGGGGGGCAGGGGGAGGGCCGAUGGGGCUGCGCGAGUUCUCAGGCAGGGCAGGUGCGCUGCCACCUCCACCUGACGGGGCCAGGGGCAGCAGCGGGCCAUCGCCCACCCAGCAUUCGCAUUUGGGCAAGGCUGAGGCUGGGCGGGGUGCGCAGGUCUGUCUGGGGUGUCUGCUGAUCAAGUGUUGAUUUCAUGGGAACAGGGAAACAGUGGGUGAGGGAGAGGCCAGGAGACCUCACAGCUGCCCGUGACUGGUGGAGCACCCAGCAGGCCCUUCCCCCCAGGGCAAGGUCCCCGUCCUGGGCACUGGGGGCAACAAAACACCAGAUCCCAAGCCCUUUGUUCAUGGAGUUUGUCGUGGUGAGAGAGACGUGUGUGCUAUGUCACAGGGGUCGGUGGCUUUGGGAAAGGAAAGCUUUGAAUGUGGGGCUCGCUGCAAACCUGACAUUUGGGCAGGGGCCGAAGAAGAGCAGGAGACACCUGGGCAGAUGACUUUCCAGGCAGAGGGCACAGCCCAUGCCCAGGCCCUGGAGCGGGACUGUGCCUCGCGUGCUGGAACAGCUGGGAGGCCCUGGUGGCUGGAGCAGAGGGAGCGAGAGGGAGAGAGGAAGGGGACGGGCAGGUCGUGCAGGGCCUUGUGGGCCAAGGCGGGCGCCCCGGUGUGUGCCGAGCUGGGAAGGGAUGUGUGGAGACGUGACUGACGGUGCGGUGCAGGGAUGCGGAGAGGCCCCCAAGGAGGCUCUACUGGAUGGGUGAUGGCAUGACUGGCCGGGACCACAUGGAGGUGGCGACAGGGGCAAGUCCUGGACUGUCACUUUAAAUUUGUGGUGAAAUAUACAUAACUUACAGUUUACGCCCUUGAAAUGCACAGUUCAGUGGCAUUUGAUGCCUUCACAGUGUUGUGCACCUAUGUUUAAUUCUAGAACACUCCACCUCGGGAAAAAAACCCCAUCUCCGUUAGCUGCCCUCCCCAGCCCCCGACAACCAUGAACCCCCUCCCUGUCUCUGUAUGUGCCUGUUCUGGACAUGUCACAUAAAUGGAAUCACACACCG